AUGAAACCACAAGUUCUUUUCAUCGGCGAUUUGAAUAAAUCAUUACCCCAAUAUGUUGAAUUCACCAAAAAAUUCGAUUGCAUCGAAUAUGAAUUAACUACAGUUGAACAAUUGAUCGAGGAUUUCAAGACUAAAUUUCAAAAUAUACAAGCCAUCUACGGAGCGUGGUUAGGGUUCUCUCUACUCGGGGGAUUUCGUAAUGAGGUGCUUCAGAAUGCCCCUUCCAGUCUUAAAUUGAUUUCAAUUUGUUCAGUCGGGCAUGAUGGAUACGAUGGUAAAGCGAUGGCUGAAAAAAAUAUAAUCUUGACCAACGUUCCUUCGGAUGGUGCUAGUGAACCUGUUGCUGAGUUGGUUUUAUACAAUACUUUGUUAAGUUUCAGAAAUUUCAAAAUCUUCCAGGAUAAUUUUUCAAAGGAUACUAACAAUACUGUGGAAAUUAGAAGACAGUUAGAAACGGCAAGUUUCAAUUCUGAUAAAGGAACUGCUCAAUUGGGAGAAAAGGACUGUUAUUCAUUUGGUCAUCGUACUAUUAACAGAUCUAACAUAUCUCCUAAAAACCAUAACGUAGUUAUUGUGGGGUUUGGUAAAAUUGGACAAACAAUUGGUAGGCGUUUAUCUGAAAUCGGUAUGAACAUUCAUUACACCAAAAGAUCUCAAUUAUCGCAAAAAGAGGAGGAUCAAGUGCCAUACCCGGUUACAUAUCAUAAAACUCUUAUGGAUACAAAGGACAUUGCCGACUUGGUCGUCGUUGCAUGUCCUGGAACACCAGAAACUAAACACAUGAUUAAUAAAGAAUCUAUUAGCGCAUUUGCCAAGCCAAUCAGAAUUAUCAAUAUAGGGAGAGGCACAGUCAUUGAUGAACAGGCACUUGUGGAUGGUUUAAAAUCCGGCAAAGUGGUCUUCGCAGGUUUAGAUGUGUUUGAAGAUGAGCCAAAGGUUCAUGAAGAAUUAUUCGGCAGACAAGAUGUAGUAUUGACUCCACAUAUUGCUGCUUCUACCGCCGAAAACUUCGACCAUACAGCUAUUAUGGCAAUGAAAAAUAUAGAAAAUGUCUUAUUAGAGAACGGCAACGGUAUUAACAAAGUCAAUUAG